AUGGCAGAAAAUUCAUCUUCUCACCGACAGCCUGGUCCUCAACCAAACGUCGGAAACAAUUUCCAAAUGGAAAGAUUCCCAGAGCACGGGGUUAACAGACACCAAGCUGCUUUAAACGCAAUCGUCAGAUCUGAUUCCCCAAACAUCAGAUCUGGAGAAGAAAUCAACACUACAAAAUUGGACCCAUCAACCCCACCUUGGGGGGAUGUCCAACCCAGCCAGUACAAAGAUAGCAGUUAUCAGGAACAAAUACACAUGGUUCAAGGAGGUCCGUCACGAAGAUCAAAUAAACGAAACUAUGAUCAACACUGGAGAGAACAGCAAGUCGUGUUCCCUGUUGUUCCUGGGGGCCCUCAGGAAGAACGACCAGUAAUUAUCACUGGUAUUUUUGGUCAUUACCGAACGGACUAUAUGUUCAUAGAUCCAGGUAGCUCGAUGGACAUCAUAUACGAACAAUGCUUUAAACAGCUCGAUUCAGAAGAUAAAGCACGUUUAGAACCGGUCGAUUUUCCCCUCACCGGAUUCUGUAAUGAAGCUGUUUUCCCGUUAGGGCAGAUCGCUUUCCCGGUGACCUUAUCAGAUGGCAAACAUUCACGAACAGUUACAGUAAAUUUCAUGGUCAUGCCAGCAACAUCACGUCAUGAUAUUUUGCUCGGGAGAAGGUCACAAAGAGAAUUCAGCAUGAUCACUUCCAUUCCACACACCGCUUGUGAAUUUCCGACAGAAACCGGAGUUGCAAUUCUCUAUUCAAGCAAAGAAGUCAUGUCCGUAGACGAUGAACCACUAGCAAAGGCAGUCAAAGCUUCGGCAUCAAACGAACCAGAGAAAUGGGUUCUAAACGGCGAAUACCCAGAACAAACCAUUCUGCUAGGACAAGCCAUGUCACCAACAAUACGCAUACGACUGAAAAAGUUGUUGUCUAACAACAAAGAUAUAUUUGCCUGGUGCCCAGCAGACAUGACUGGAGUUCCACGCGACAUCGCGCAACAUUGUUUAAACAUCAAACCAUCAGUAGAACCGGUUGCUCAGGGGAGGCGCAGCUUCAGUGAAGAAAGAGCAAAAGCGAUGGACGAGCAAGUAACAGAGUUACUCAAUGCGGGAAUCCUGCGCGAAGUAAAAUACCAUACAUGGGUUGCCAAUCCAGUCAUGGUACAAAAACAUAGCGGCGGGUGGAGAAUGUGUGUCGACUUCAAAGACCUCAACAAAGCAUGUCCCAGAGACUGCUACGCGCUCCCUGAGAUAGACAAGAAAGUCGAUUCUUUAGCAUCAUUCAGAUGGAAAUGCUUUCUCGACUGUUAUAAGGGUUAUCACCAGGUCCAGAUGAAAGAAGAAGACGAAGAAAAAACCGCAUUCCGCACAGAUAAAGGCAUCUACUGCUACACAAAAAUGCCAUUUGGUUUGCGCAACGCAGGCGCAACGUAUCAACGCCUAAUGGACACAGUCUUUAGCGAGGAUAUUGGCAAAACUGUCGAGGUAUACAUGGAUGACCUCGUCAUCAUGAGCCAUGAAGAGGAGACAAUGCUCGACAAUAUCCAGCACACGUUCGAUUCCUUACGAAGCGUAAACUUAAAAUUGAACCCGAUAAAGUGCUCCUUCGGCAUGGAAGAAGGAAAAUUUUUGGGUUUCAUAGUUACAAAAGACGGUUUCAAGGUCAAUCCAGAAAAAGUGCAGGCCAUUCAGCUAAUGCCAUCACCGGCAACAGUCAAGGAAAUGCAGAGGCUCGCCGGACGAUUAGCAGCUCUGAACAGAUUUUUGGCCAACCAUGCGGCAAAAUCUUAUCCAUUUAUCAGUACGCUGCGAAACUGCGGAAAGAAAACUCCUUUUCAAUGGACGCCUGAAGCAGAAGCAGCAUUCAAACAAAUGAAAGAAUAUUUAAUCCAGUUACCAACGCUGACCGCGCCCAAAGAAAAAGAACCAUUGAUCUUAUAUCUAUCAGCCGCGGAGGUAGCAGUAGGCGCAGUAUUAAUGGUAGAACGGGAAAAUAUACAGACUCCAAUCUACUACAUCAGCAAAAUGCUCACCGGCCCUGAAACUCGUUACUCAAUGAUAGAAAAAUUGGUCCUAGCGCUAGUACACGCAUCCAGACGUUUGCGCAGGUACUUUUCAGGCCAUGUCAUCACAGUACUAACAAAUUAUCAUUUGGGCCAAAUCUUGUCAAAACCCGACAUAGCGGGAAGAUUAGCUAAAUGGGCCAUCGAGCUGGGAAGCUACAACAUUUUUUAUAGACCAAGACCAGCAAUCAAAGGGCAAGUUCUAGCAGACUUCGCCACUGAAGUUCCCAUUGAUAAAAUACAAGAAUGUGAGGCAAUCCAGAACCCGACGCCUGUUUUUGACGACGGAGUCUGGACCUUACACACAGAUGGUGCUUCCAAUGACGACGGAGCAGGAGCAGGUCUCCGAUUAGUCAGUCUGGAUAAUCACGAACUUACAUAUGCCAUACGCUUAGAUUUCCAAAGUACCAACAAUGAAGCAGAAUACAAAGCAUUUUUAGCAGGUCUUCGUCUAGCACUCAAAAUGGGGGCAAGAAACCUUGAAGCCAACGUUGACUCAAAGCUAGUAGCUGAACAAGUUAACGGUCGUUAUGACGCGAAGGGAGAAGCUAUGGCUUUGUACCUCGAACAAGCGCGGAUGUUAAUCAACCAAUUUCAGACAUUCAAAGUCAAUCACAUAAACAGAAGCGAGAACAAGCAUGCUGACGCACUAAGCAAGUUAGCUGCUACUAGUUUUCAGCACUUAGCAAAAGAGGUACGCAUAGAAGUAUUAUCCAAUCCUUCCAUUCAUCUCAAGCAAGUAAGCGUCAUAGAGAUGGGGAAUCCAUCCUGGAUGUCUCCAAUUAUUUUGUACCUUCAACACGGGAAACUCCCGGAAGGAAAGGCAGAAGCCCGGAAAAUACAACACAAAGCAAUAAACUACGAGAUGGCGGAUGGCGUCCUUUAUCAAAAAUCAUUCAUGGGCCCAUUACUACAUUGUGUUGAUAAAACAGACGCUCAAUACUUGGUCAGAGAAAUCCACGAGGGACUAUGCGGGAUACAUGCAGGACCGCGCAUGGUCGUGGCAAAAAUAAUGAACGCCGGAUACUACUGGCCAGGGAUGCACAUGGACGCGGUAGAUCUAUUAAGAAGAUGUGAAGCAUGUCAACGUCACGCACCAAAGACACUUCGACCCAAAAACCCGCUAAUUCCUGUUACUUCCGCCUGGCCUUUCCAACAAUUUGGGUUACCAUUGCGCAUUAUUUCCGACAAUGGUACAAACUUCGCCGCAGAAGACCUUCAAAAAUGGUUCAAAGAAAUGAAAAUUGAGCACAGCUUUGCCUCCGUUGCGCAUCCUCAAGCGAACGGUCAGGUAGAAAGCAUAAACAAACAAAUCGUUGACGGCAUAAAAGCGCGACUUGGGACAGCGCGCAGAGGGUGGGUCGACGAACUUCCCAGCAUCCUCUGGGCGCAUCGAACAAUGCCAAAGACUAGCACCGGAGAAACUCCGUUCAGUCUAGUCUAUGGGUCAGAGGCCGUCAUUCCAGCUGAGAUAGGCCUACCAUCACCGCGCAUGCUGGCUAUGGAAAAACAGAACCAUGAACAAGAACGGAGACUGGAUUUGGAUCUUCUGGAAGAAAGGCGCGAAAACGCUGCCAUAGCAGAAGCAAGGUACAAAUCCAAGCUCGAAAAAUAUUACAAUGCGCGUGUGCGUGUUUGCACCUUUGUCCCCGGAGAUUUUGUCUUACGCGACAACGAGGCUUCAAACGCCGAAAAACCCGGCAAAUUAGCGCCAAGAUGGGAAGGACCAUACGUCAUUAACGAAGUCUUAGGCAAGGGGGCAUAUACCCUAAAAAGGAUCGAUGGGACCCUAGUUCCCCGUACCUGGAACGCGCAACAGUUGCGCAGGUGUUACAUGUGA